AUGCCCAAGAGAUCACUCGACGUCGCCAACAUGGGCGGUCCCAACGCUAAGCCUGCGCCCGCGCGAAAGACUGAGCGAUCCCACGAAGAGAACCAAGAGCGAGCAUACAUCGCUGCCUCAAGACGAGCAGACCGAUCUAUUGAAGCUCGUGUUCAGUCCGCCAAGAUGGCCAGCGAAAUCCACAAGAAACGAACGGGAAAGGCCUUCCGUAUAACGGAGGAGAUUGUUAUGAAGGAGGAGAUGUACGAGGAGGAAGACGAUGACUUCCCUCGAUCUUACCGACUUCUUAAAUCCAACAUGCAAACUUCCAGCGCUGAACUCAAUGCGAGAGUGGAUGCCUACCUUACAAACCGAGUGGCUAUGUCACAGCUUCUAUCUGCCACCGAAACUGACUGGCGCAACAACGAGAUCAACCAAACUUUUGCGCAAUUCUUUCCACAGGCCCAACGCCAAGCUCAAUCAAUGUCGCACCGCUGGUCAACACCAGGCUAUCCAGUGCCUCAACCACAAGGCAGCCACGUUACAAGCCCGAUGGAGCAACAGUUUGACCCAAACUUCCAGGCCGUCAACUACGCACAGCGACCAAACAGACAUGAUGAGCGCAGUCACUCCAUGUCUGGUUUGUCUCCCACCGAUUCAAGGAACGAUGCUCCCUUAUCGCCACCCGCUCUUACUCCAGGCUCAGGUUCUCAUCCCCAGACGCCCCAGUCCCGUUGCGCAUCCACCUUCACAAAUGUGCAGCCCCCACCUAUGAUGGACUUUAAUCACGAGAGUUCCGCAUUCACCACAGAACUUCCCGCCGAGGCUAAGAUGCUGCUAGGUGGCGUUGGCUUGAAUGACACGUUCAGUCCUGCUAUGUACGGCGAGCAACAGAAUUGGGGUGCUCAGCAGUCGUUUGGCUAUGGCGAUGAGCCUAAGUACUUCAAGGACGAGGAUGCUGAGCUUGGUGCAAAUAGUGAAAAGUAUCCCGAUGUACUUGACACGAUGAACUGGGGUGCCGGUGACUUCAACACACCGACCAAGCACUAUACCGAGGAGCCCUCCUGGGAUUCUUUCCUCAACGAUACAGUAUGGAGCACCGAGCAACAGCAAUAA